GUAGUAUCUAUAAACAAAACUCAAGGCCAUGCUGACUCGGGAGGGAGUGGAGCUCUGUCCAAAUUAGCGACUCUCUGUUUGCUGGGUCUCCCCCGGUUCAUGGUCGUUCUCAUGGCGUCAAAAGUUUCAGUUACCACAUUCCCAUUUUCUCCAUCUCCCUCAUCUGCUUGCUCUAGAGUUGCAGCUUCCACUUCAUCUUCCUCGCCCAUCUUAUUUCCAAAAACCCCCAAAAUUCGUCUCUCCUUGUGUAAUUUCCCAUUGGGUCUCGGGCUUUUCUCUCCAUGGACUGGUUUAAAGCAUCUGGGUAUCUCAACCAGAGCAAAGUUUCUCGAGAGGAGGAGGAGAAUUCCUAAGGGGAAGGCAGUUUUUGCAUCUCUGUUUGGGGUUGGAGCUCCCGAGGCGUUGGUUAUUGGAGUAGUGGCUCUGUUAGUUUUUGGUCCAAAGGGUCUAGCUGAGGUUGCUCGGAAUCUGGGGAAGACCUUACGUGCAUUUCAACCUACUAUAAGAGAACUUCAGGACGUUUCUAGAGAAUUCAAAACCACACUUGAGCGCGAAAUUGGCCUCGAUGAAAUUUCAAAUUCGGUUGAUGGCUCAUACAAUUCAAGCAGAUCCAGUACCUACUCAAACCCGCCUUCUGUUCCUAAAGCAGAAGAUCCUGUUGCAGUAGCUGAACCCACAGACGGUUCUCCAUCAGAAAGCAAAGCAUAUACCUCUGAAGAGUACCUAAAGGUUACAGAGGAGCAGCUGAAAGCUCAAGAGCAGGUCCAAACCAAUCUUGCAGCAGAAAGCCAGAGUGGAUCUCAAGUAGAGGCUCAAGGAGUGGCUGAAGAACCUGCCACGGCAGCGACUGGACCCCGGAAUCUUGGAACAGGUGAGUCUGAAGAAUCUGCUACCUCAGCUUCGGGUCCUCAGAGUCCUGGAACUGAGGCGUAAAGUUAUUAGAAUCGAUUUUUUUGAUCGACGGGUCUUUGUUAUUUCAAUCAACAGAUUUGCUGUGAUACAACAUGUUCUUUAGGUGGCUGAUGUAGAAAAUCUGUUUUAGUGUGUGAACCUCAAGUGAGAGAAUGAUUUUAUCAGUGUCUUGGAACUUAAUCAGUUCUAGACAUUGGAUAAGAUGAUUUUGUUGAUUAGUAAUCAGAAUUCCCUCAUGAUUUCACAUAAUCA